UACGCAGAUUAGGUAGGGUAGACAGAUUCAAAUUGCCAAAUCCAAAUAUGUCCGAAACUGAUCAAAUCCACAACGUUUUGAUCUUUUGAAAACCCAAAAAUGUCAACCUUAAACGUUCCUCCAGCGCUUACUACCCCUGGAGCUGAUGCGAUUCAACUCUACCGAGCUUUCAAGGGAUUUGGAUGCGACACUUCUGUAGUGGUUAAUAUAUUGGCUCAUCGAGAUGCAACACAACGUAUGCUCAUUCAACAGGAGUACAGGACUAUGUACUCUACAGACCUUCUUAAGCGUUUGUCUUCAGAACUUAGUGGCAAAUUGGAGACAGCAGUUCUGCUCUGGAUGCAUGAUCCACCUGGGCGUGAUGCAAUAAUUGUGAAGCAGGCAUUAAGACCAGAAACAUUUAAUCUUGAAGCUGCGACUGAAAUAAUUUGUUCACGCACUCCAUCACAGAUACAGAUAUUUAAACAACAUUACCAUGCAAAAUUUGGGGUUUACCUCGAGCAUGAUAUUGAUUCACGUGUCAGCGGGGAUCUUAAAAGACUCUUGCAUACAUAUGUGAGUGUACCUCGCCAUGAAGGCAGAGAAGUUGAUCAUGAGUUGGCUCAGAAUGAUGCAAAGACUCUUUAUAAAGCAGGAGAGAAGAAAUUGGGAACUGAUGAUAAGACUUUCAUCCGCAUAUUUAGCGAACGAAGUGCUGCACAAUUGGCUGCUAUAAAUUCUGCUUAUCAUAGCUUGUAUGGAAAGUCUCUGAAAAAGGCUGUAAAGGGUGAAACAUCAGGACAUUUCAAACAUGCUCUAUUGGCAAUUUUGCAAUGCUCUGAGAAUCCUGCUAUGUACUUUGCAAAGGUGCUGCGCAAGGCAAUGAAAGGUCUGGGAACUGAUGAUACCACGCUGAUAAGGGUAAUUGUGACAAGAACUGAGAUUGAUAUGCAAUAUAUAAAAGCUGAAUACCACAAGAAAUACAAGAAGACAUUGAAUGAUGCAGUUCAUUCUGAAAUAUCAGGCCAUUAUCGGGCUUUCCUUCUUUCCCUUUUAGGGCCCAAUCAAUAGCCAAAAUCUGAUUCUUGUACGAAGAAAUUAUACACUGAACAAUAGUUUUAUUAUAGCUAUUAAUCAUGGUGGAUUUUAUGUGCAUCACACCCUGGCUAAUGGUCUACGUCUAACUGUUGUGCAUGUAACGGUUGUAUUAAAUAAUUUUCUGAUGUGGGGUUCAGUAACCCUUAGUUAUUUGUGUGUAAUUUCUUUGUAGCCAUUGCUGUAGAUGUUGUGUCUGUAGAGAAGACAACAGUUUGUGGUUCCUCUGUAUUUGUUUGCAUGUGAUAUAAAUUUAUUUUUGGGAAA